AUGGUCGCCCCUUCGGUGCUAUUCAACCCCGUGUCGCUCAACAUCACCAUCACGCUCAUCCUUGAUUCAUACGGGGUGAACUACCUGCCCAUCAGCAAAGGUGUAACAGGCUUCUUCAAUGACUUCAAACCCAGCGGGAAGCAGAGCAAAGGCGGCGAGAAAGCAACUGCUACCCGAGGUAGGAUCAUGGUCGGCCAGCCAGCUGCCGGUCACCAGCCGGCAGAGGAUAUGAAGGGCGACCUUCCCGCAAUGCAGACCUUUGAUGACAAUGGCUAUCAUCUGAGCGAGUACGUCGAGUUCGAGGGCGGCGCGAAGGAUCACACGGAGAAGCAUAUCGAUUAUUAUCUGUGGCAGCACAAGGACACCUUGGGUUCGAAGUACCGUCCGGACCCAUCUUAUCUUAAUCUGCACUCGAACAAGGACAAUGCUGUCUGCAUUGCGGCCGUCGGACUCCAGACACCCAUCUCUGACCAGGAGUACAUCAUCACCGGUGAUAUGCUCAAGCACUGUGGUUACAAAUAUUACGACUCUGAGGUAGUCAUUCCUCAGGGCGCCGACGAGAGCCAAUCUGUCGAGCACAGGCCAUACUGCUUCUGGAUCGGUGGUGAACAGCCCGACAUCCCGGACCACCUCUUCUUCCACUUGCCGGACUUGACCAACAGCCAACAGGCCGCCAAGGUUUACAACGAAAGCAAGGAGCAGCUCUGCAACGUCCCUCCCCGCAUGAACUACUACUCCGGCGACAUCAAGAAGAAGAACUGGCGCCCCUCGGUCUUUCAGCCAAACCUCGAGUACUACGAGAGGGCUGACGGCAGCAUCAGUGACAAUUCCACCCAGUUCGACGCCGGCUGGGUCCUGGACCGCAACCACUGGAAAUGGAGAGUCACUCUGGAUGGCGAGAGCAGCUACGCUCCGCUCCUUCCCGGUGAGGAACACAACCCUGAUGCUAAGGAUGGCAUCAAGCUUCCACCUCUCAAGCGCGCGGUCUCACCGAAGUUCUGGGACCAGUGGGACCACAUCUUCUCCCUGACCAGCAACACUGCGGAACGCUACAGCGCCAAGACCAAGUGUGCCGAGAUCGAGAAUGGCUUCGCUGGUCCGGAUUGGGCGAACAGUGCGGAGAAGCUGUACUGCCAUAUGCGCACCGGAGAGGUCCUGCCGUUCUGUGCUGAUGCUCAGGACGAGCGUGCUUGCUUCGACAUCGAGAAUGAGGUGCUCAGAGAAGGCAUGUCGAGCGAGAGGAAGUCGGCGAGGGAUCUCAAGACGCUCAAGAAGACCCAGAGAUGGGACUUCUCUUGA